AAAGGCAGGAUUCGGGCGGCGUGUUAUUCUAGUCUUGAUCUUUUCGAAGCUUAUUACUUUUUGUAGUCAAGGGGCAUAAUGUCAGGUCGAGGAAAGCAGGGAGGUAAAGUGAGAGCAAAAGCUAAAUCUCGUUCUUCAAGAGCUGGGCUUCAGUUCCCUGUAGGCCGUGUGCAUCGUCUUCUUCGAAAAGGUAAUUAUGCUGAGCGCGUGGGGGCUGGCGCGCCAGUGUAUAUGGCUGCUGUGCUUGAAUAUCUGACCGCUGAAAUUUUGGAGUUGGCUGGUAACGCAGCACGAGACAACAAGAAAACCAGGAUCAUUCCCCGUCACCUACAACUCGCCAUCCGUAACGAUGAGGAGCUUAACAAACUGCUGGGGAAAGUCACGAUCGCUCAAGGUGGUGUUCUGCCCAACAUCCAGGCUGUACUACUGCCUAAGAAAACCGAGAGCCAUAAGGCGAAGAGCAAGUAAAAAUAACAGUAUUCUCAAUUAACCCAAAGGCUCUUUUCAGAGCCACCCACAGUAUCGAGAAAAGAGUUGAGUUUCUAAUAUAUCUUGCCUACUUCUUAAAACUUACCAUGCUUUUCAAACGUGGGGGAGAAGCAAAAUAAAGCCUCAUUAACCAAUCCAUGUAAAAGGCAGGCUUUUUAAAUUAUCCUAUUGUUGUGAAGGGCAGACCCGUUAUUCAUGAGCUAUUAUUAGAAUGAGGGAGAGUUGUAAAUGACAAAUUCUCAUCCUUUACAUUACUGGGAUAAAAAGCACUUGCCCCAUCAUUCAGAUUUUUUAAAUUGUUUCAGAUAGAUUGAAUUAGCUUCCAACUAAUACACUUGUUCAAUGCAUUGUUGUGAAAGUGAAAUAGACCAAAUCCUCUCAAAACCAUUGAGUUUCAGCUCCUUCAGGAAUGGGAUUGGGGGCAGGGAGGCUCUUAAGACCUACUAGGGUUGUUUGCAUGAGACAGCUUCACUUCUUGGGCACUGCCUUCUUUGCUUUUCCUGCUUUUGGUUUGGUUGGUUUAGACUUGGAAGCUUUGGGCCUCUCCGCCUUAGCUUUAGCCAGGCUCUUAGCUGCCUUCUUGGACUUGGUAGGUUUAAACUUGUUUGGCCUCUUGGCCACCUUUUUGACUGCAGAAGCCACUGGUUUCUUUGCUUUUUUUCCAGGCUUUUUCAUGGUAACAGCAUUUUUAGGCUUCUUAGUAGUGCUGGCAAGUUGCUUAGCAGCUAGUUUCUUAGAUUUUGUUACUGGCUUCUUGGGUGCCUUCUCCUUGCUCUCACCUGGUUCUUGCUGAGUUUGAAGGAAUCAGAGGAGACAUUUCCUUUAAUCUACACCAAAAUUUUCCUUUGUUCACCAGACUCAACCACACCUUAAUAUGACUAUUCUCUUAAUUAUAGCCAUGAGCUGCCAAAGCUGUCUUCAGAGCUGCUCAAGAGAGUCCUUUACGCUCCUUGGAAGCCAAUAAAUUUGGUCACACUGAGGCCAGCUGGGCUUUCCACCCUCCUACUGUUUGCCUUUUUAGCUGGAGCAGAAGCAGCUAGAGCUGUAACUAGACAGUUACAGAUAUGGUGAAACAAGUUUCAAAACGGGGGAAAAGUGAACUAGUAUGAUGCCUGUUAUUUAUAGGGAGGAGUCACUGUCUGAUUUGAGUGCUAAAGAACCCGCCCAUCUGCAAACUAGAAAAGGCUCUUUCCUGUCUCCUUUUGUGUUUCUUUGGCAUCAAUUAAGUAUGUUUGCCAUCAAAUUAUCCAUUUUCUCAGCCAAAUGAAGCUGAAACAGAAUAUUUUCAUCCUUUAAUGUUUCAUACAAAAGUAAUAUAAUUACAUUAAAUAAAAAAUUAUAAACUUUUAAUAUUUAACCUAGAUGGACCUUGAGUGAGGAAAAAACCUGUUUUCCUUUGUAAAUGAAAAAAAGUCCCUUUUCAGAAAAUCAAAAAAAGUAAUGCUUUUUUAUGGUCUUUUUUUUCUAUUGGGAAAGAAAGUGAGUAAUUGUGUCAAUAAGUUCAUUAUAAAACUAUUUCAAACAAAGAGGUAUGUAGUACUCCCAGUAAAUAAACUGCAGGCAGGUUGAACAAGGUAUAUACCUCCAACCUUAAAGAAGUAUUAUUGUUUUGUUUUUAACAUUUGAAUUAUCAUUGGGACCACACAGGAGCUGUAUUUUUAAAUAAACAUAAGGUGGUAACCUUGUUAGCACUAGCCCAAGCUCGCAUAUAAUGUGAGAGUUGAAACAUUAGAGAUUACAACUCAAUUAGUAUCCGAGGCUUAAUUCAGAAUCAAUGAGAAACAACACUUCUAUGAAUUCUGUAUAAAGUAUUGAUUAAAAUUCAAUCUCUCUCUCUACUAAAGAGCAGCCUGGCUCUUUGGUUGUUGGGUAGGAAGGGCUUUGUCUUUUUUUGUUGGGUUUCCCUCUACCUUGAUAAUAAUGGAUGGUCCUUAAGAUUCCUUGCUGGUUUCAAAGCUAUUCCGCUGGUCUGAGACAGCAGGGAAUUUGAAAUGUUAAUUCUGAUUGACAAUUUGAAAAGCCCGCGUUUUGAAAUGGAAGGUAUAGAAUUCCCCGAUUAGGUUCGCGUGGUCAGACUGGUUUCACCCACCGAAAGAAGUGCUGCAGUACCUUCGGGGAUUUUUAAAUCUACAUUUAGACAUCUCUGAUUUUCACCACUGCUUAAUAAAUUCCUUAACGUAUUUUCAGUCACAUCUGUUUUUAAUGAAGUUUAUUUGAUAUCUUUUAUUUUUCAAAUGAUAAAUGGAAUACUGUAGACAAAAACCUGAUCUUACACAGCACAAUUUACAUUAUAGUUUUCAGAUUGUCAUUCGGUAACAAUAAAGCAUGUUUCCAGUGAAUACAAAG